UGGGUUCAUUUCAUUGCCAACAUGGCGCCCGAGAAAGGAAAGUUGAUAGCGAAGUCGGAUUUUCCUAUGUAUAUAGUUAAAUCUCUUGGUGAACGUCAUUUUUUGGUAGCUGGAGGCGGAGGACAAGCAAAAACUGGUGUUUCAAAUGCUAUUGAGAUUUAUGAGGUGAAGCAGUGCGAAGAUGGUGUUCGUGCCAGUAGUGUAUGUAGGCAUGACCUUGGCCUUCAGGCACCAAUGAACGGUGCUGCAGUGUAUGAUGGUAGACAUCAUCUGUUUGCUGGGGGUCUGGAUGACGAGUGCCACCUAUUCUCACUCAAGUACAGAGUGAUUUCUCCACAGAAAUCAGCUGGCAAAGAUGGAAAGUCAGGGUCAACAGAAGCUGUAAAAAGAAAAGGCAAAGAAAACAAAGAGACCGACAGUCAAGCAAAUAAUACUAGUGAUCUAGCAAGUGAAACAAAGCAUGUGACUUUUGAGGUAGAGAAAAUAAAAAGUGUGCGCACAGACUUUUGUAGUGAUGGCAGUUUUCAGAAAUGUGUUCAGAUUGGUCCGGACCAUAGUAUUGUAGCAACUGGAGGUGCGGACGGACAUCUCAGGGUGUGGAAGACUGAUGGGAUGACAAAACUACAUGAUAUAGAAGCUCACAAAUCUGAAAUAGAUGAUCUUGAUAUAAGUCCAAAAGGUGAUAAAAUAGUAACUAUAGCCAGAGGAAAUUGUUUUUGUGUAUGGAAUACUAAAGAUGGCAAGAAACAUUUAGAUAUGGAAUGGCCAGGGAAAGCAGGGGAGCAUAGAUUUAGGGCUUGUAGGUUUGGAUUAAAAGAAGGCAGCUUAAAAAAAGGUUUUAACCUAUAUACAAUAAACAUCCCAAUAAAAAGACAGACAAAACCAGAUCCAUGUUUUAUAGCUCAGUGGGAUGGAGAAUCAUAUAAACCAAAACUUGUUAUGAAUGCGGGCACAGAGGUUCUCUCAUCACUUGCAGUAAGCAAUGAUGGUAUAUAUGUUGGUGUUGGAAUGAUCACUGGAAGUGUAGCUGUAUAUAUCUCCUUUAAUCUACAGAAAUUGUACUAUGUAAAGGAGGCACACAGUAUAUUUGUAACCGGCCUAGAUUUCAUGCCAGUGUCAGAAAGUGCUCAAGCUGUCACAGGGAACCAGGACUUUACUUUGCUGAGUAUAUCCGCUGAUAAUACUGUCAGGGUUCACCAGGAACCAACCAGAGCCUCCAUCAACAUGUUGUUCAUUCUACUCGGGGUUGUUAUGAUUCUUGUGGCGAUAUUCUGGUCAAUGUCAGAACUUGGUUUGUGAUGAUUACCCAACAUUCCUGCUCGUCAGCAUUUAUCCUCCAGUUCGGGUUUUAGUAGCAGAAAAAAGCGGCAUGGCAAAUUUGUCUGUGAUAUAAAAUAUUGAUGUAGAUAAUGAACUUUGUUUGAGGCUGGGACAAUGAUUAUCCUCAAUAAUUGUGGGAUUUUUAGUGAAAGAAUAUUGCAGCAUGGAAGGUUGUUCUGUGAUAAAUUUCUGAAUAUUUGGUGAAACUGUAAAAUCAGAAAUUCUCACAAGGGUUUUAAUUAUCCCCCGCCAAUGAAAUCAGGAGUGGGUAUUGAAAUGGCGUUGUCUUGCGUCACGUCCGUGUGUGCGUCCGUCCACAACCAUAUCUCAGUAACUGGCUGGUAGAAUUUCAUGAAACUUGAAAUAAACAUGAACCAACAUACUGCGAUGAUGCCCAUCAAGUUUUUUUUUUGAUUGGUCAAUUUUCCUUAGAGUUAUUGCCCUUGAUUUAAUGAAAAAUGCCCAAAAAUGUCCAUCCGCAGCCAUUACUCAGUAACUAUCAUGUAGAAUUCCAUAAGACUUGAAAUAAACAUGCACCAACAUACUGCAAUGAUGCCCGUCAAGUUUUUUUUUUUAUUGGUCUAUUUCCCUUAGAGUUAUUGUCGUUGAUUUAAUGAAAAAUCCACGUCUGCAGCAAUUUCUCAGUAACAAGCUGGUAGAAUUUCAUGAAACUUGAAAUAAAUAUGAACCAACGUACUUCGAUGAUGCCUGUCAUUUUUUUUAGCUCACCUGUCACAAAGUGACAAGGUGAGCUUUUGUGAUCGUGCGGUGUCCGUCGUCCGUCGUCCGUCCGUCCGUCUGUAAACUUUUCGCUUGUGACCACUCUAGAGGUCACAUUUUUCAUGGGAUCUUUAUGAAAGUUGGUCAGAAUGUUCAUCUUGAUGAUAUCUAGGUCAGGUUCGAAACUGGGUCACGUGCCUUCAAAAACUAGGUCAGUAGGUCUAAAAAUAGAAAAACCUUGUGACCUCUCUAGAGGCCAUAUAUUUCACAAGAUCUUCAUGAAAAUUAGUCGGAAUGUUCACCUUGAUGGUAUCUAGGUCAAGUUCGAAACUGGGUCACGUGCCUUCAAAAACUAGGUCAGUAGGUCUAAAAAUAGAAAAACCUUGUGACCUCUCUAGAGGCCAUAUAUUUCAUAAGAUCUUCAUGAAAGUUGGUCAGAACGUUCACCUUGAUGAUAUCUAGGUCAAGUUCGAAAGUGGGUCACGUAUGGUCAAAAACUAGGUCAGUAGGUCUAAAAAUAGAAAAACCUUGUGACCUCUCUAAAGGCCAUAUUUUCCAUGGGAUCUGUAUGAAAGUUGGUCUGAAUGUUCAUCUUGAUGAUAUCUAGGCCAAGUUCGAAACUGGAUCACGUAUGGUCAAAAACUAGGUCAGUAGGUCUAAAAAUAGAAAAACCUUGUGACCUCUCUAGAGGCCAUAUAUUUCAUGAGAUCUUCAUGAAAAUUGGUCAGAAUGUUCACCUUGAUGAUAUCUAGGUCAAGUUCGAAAGUGGGUCACGUGCCUUUAAAAACUAGGUCAGUAGGUCAAAUAAUAGAAAAACCUUGUGACCUCUCUAGAGGCCAUAUUUUGCAUGGGAUCUGUAUGAAAGUUGGUCUGAAUGUUCAUCUUGAUGAUAUCUAGGUCAAGUUUGAAAGUGGGUCAUGUGCCUUCAAAAAGUAGGUCAGUAGGUCAAAUAAUGAAAAAACGUUGUGACCUCUCUAAAGGCCAUAUUUUUCAUGGGAUCUGUAUGAAAGUUGGUCUGAAUGUUUUUCUUGAUGAUAUAUAGGUCAAGUUUGAAACUGGGUCACGUGCCUUAAAAAACUAGGUCAGUAGGUCAAAUAAUAAAAAAACCUUGUGACCUCUCUAGAGGCCAUAUUUUUCAUGGGAUCUGUAUGAAAGUUGGUCUGAAUGUUCAUCUUGAUGAUAUCUAGGUCAAGUUUGAAACCGGGUCAACUGCGGUCAAAAACUAGGUCAGUAGGUCUAAAAUAAUUAAAAUCUUUUGACCUCUCUAGAGGCCAUAUUUUUCAAUGGAUCUUCAUGAAAAUUGAUCUGAAUGUUCACCUUGAUGAUAUCUAGGUCACUUUCGAAACUGGGUCACGUGUGAUCAAAAACUAGGUCAGUAGGUAUAAAAAUAGAAAAACCUUGUGACCUCUCUAGAGGCCAUAUUUUUCAUGAGAUCUUCAUGAAAAUUAGUGAGAAUGUUCACCUUGAUGAUAUCUAAAUCAGGUUCAAAACAGGGUCACGUACCUUCGAAAACUAGGUCCAUAGGUCAAAUAAUAGAAAAACCUUGUGACCUCUCUAGAGACCAUAUUUUUCAAUGGAUCUUCAUGAAAAUUGGUCAGAAUUUUUAUCUUGUUUUUUUAAUUGGUCAGACAUCCUUAACUUUUUGCUGGAUAUACUGUUUUGCCGUUUCUCACCACAAACCCUUUCGGCGGGGGAUACCAAUUCAUCGAAUUUGCUUGUUUCACUUUAUUUGCCAUCUUACUGAACUUGUGAAUAUAAAUACUCGAUGAAAAGCUGCUUUUU